GAGAGAAACCGCGCUGAGCCUGCCAACAAAAUGUGAUUAAUCACAACUUAAAACCCCAUUUUAUUUUGACUCUGGUUAUCUUUGUAUGGUAUAGAAAGUCACCAGAUGAUCUGAUAUAUUUAGGUUUUGACAAAACAAAACAGAAAAAUAAGAAAUCUGUAAAGGGACAUCAAUAUUUUCACAGCACUGUAUGAAUUCACUUGAUGAAAAGCUCCAGAUUUCUUCUGCCUGAUAAAUAUUUGAUGACUGAGUGGAGGAGGAGUGAUUUUAGUCCUGUAAGCUGCUCAAAAGUUGUAUUUCAAACCCGUCUUUCUCCCCUUUUUCUCCCUUGUCCUCUUCCCAUGUAAAUAAGGCCAACUCCCCCUAACUCCACACACCCCUCGGAGGCAGUUUAAAGACCCAACACUGUCUCCUUGUCAACCGGCUUACACUGGGGUCCUGUCGUGGCCUCUCUGUCUUUUGUGUUUGGGAGCUCAGAGAGACAGAAUGAAAGAGAGAGAGGGAGAGCUGGAGAGAGAGAGAGAGAGAGAAAAAAAGUAGGAAGCAAGGAGGGAGAGGAUGAAAAGUUUCUGAAAAAAGAUAACAAAGAUGACAUCACAGCUAUUUCGUCCAACAAGUAAAAAUGUGGUUUGUAUCCCAGUGAUGAUGAUUAGCCAGAAGCACAAAAUGUGUGUUAGCACCAUCUGAGAGCGGAGAGAGAGAGGCCCACAGCUGAAUGGCGCAUUGUGGGAAAGACAGUGGGCACACUGGGCAGUAACACAGAACACUAACUCACACAUCAUGCCAGAGAGUCUGAAAACACCCACACUGGGCGACAAUGGCAAACUUCAUCGCUUCGUUUGGCCCCUUCUGAAUACACACACACAAUGGCCGCAUCCAAAUAAGACGCUCUGUUAUUUGUGAAAUUCAACACACUGCAUUCCUUCAGAGUCUCUGUCCCUUUGACCGGCAGCAGAUGUCCGCCUGGGCAGAGCUGCGGUGAACCUGCGUCUUCACAUAUGCACAUGCAAGAAGGAUGUUCUGAAUGAGGGUUGGAUCAUACAGCCUACAGUGAAUCAUAUGGAAGUUGUCUUUAAAUUAAUUGAGCAUUUCUACCUCAAUUUGUCACGUUACGCUAUCUUACCUUAUAUCUGCAUGUUCUGGGCUCCAUUAAACUAAAUUACUUAAUCAAAUCAGGCCUAAUUAGAAAGGAGACUGAGGAGGACCAGGAUAAACAAGUCUGACCCAAUGUUUCUCUUCUCAUCUGGACUGCUGGCUCUUUGCUGCUUCCCUGUGUAGCAUGUCAGGAACUACAACUGCUUUCAGGAUGCGUUUAAAAGCUGAAACAGGUAGGAGAAAGAACAUGAAGGAAUACAAACCUGCAUCCCCUAAGGAAAAUGCCUACACAGAGUUUUGGAUGAUCUGUCAAGUUCCUAAAGUUUUAAUUUCCAUACAGACGGGUUUAAAAUGAAUAAGUACCAGCCUGCUUAAUAAGAGUUGUCCUUUUUGAAAAACGCAUGUCUUAAUAAUCUAAGUUGAAAUUAUAAGACAGCAUCUCAUUAUGCCAAGAUAAGAAUUUAGUUGUGAUAUUAUCAUAUUCUAUCUUGUUUUUAAAUUAAAGCACUAUUUCAUGUUUACCCAAUUCCAUCACAUUUCCAAAAACAAAAUUGAAGCUCAGAAAUAAUAGACAUCUAAAUCAAAGUUAUGAAACAUUUAAUAAUUAUUAUUUAGAUAUAUCAAUAAUAAUUAGCAUUAUCAUGACUUACAGUUAUGUCUAGGACUCUAUUUUUUUCAUUGUGACAAUAGAUCCUCUUAUUAAAAAUUGCCAUUCGUAACACUCUAUAAAUAUGACUUGACAAGUCAUUGAUUAUUUUGUAUAAAAAAACCCAAACACAAAUAAUGACAACAAUUAUAUUAAGAUUUAAUUUCCACUGAAAAACAUUUUUGACAAAACAAAAAUCUAAUAAAUAUUUUAAUCAAGAUUACUCAAAUCUAUUUGUAAUAUUCCGAUAGUAAAAUCAAAGUAACAAUUUAUGCACUGAGUUACAUAGUGGAGGCUCUUUCUUAAUUUGAAUAUGAGGACUUAAUUUGUUUGCUUACAAAAUCAACAAAUAAUUUUAGGUGUAAACGAGUCAUAAAUAUAUUAGCAGAACGUAAACUUUAGUGCUCGUUUUAUCGUUUUAUCCAGAAAAUACGAAAUAUAGGUAUCCAAGAUGGAUUUGCCACUCGUAACACGGCGGACGCGCUGUCGUAUCAUUUUUACGGAGCAACGAGAUCUACUCUUCCGUUUCAAAGAGCCACUGAGUUGUCGUAAAUUUGUUCGUGAAUUUAUUGAAGAGGGAAAAAAAUUAAAAAAUUGACACUUUAAAUUCCCUAUGACUUUUAAUAUUUAGGCAUUACAUUAUACAUAGUGAAAUAUUUUGGGGGGAAUGGAAGUUUUAAUUUUAAGUUUGAACAUUUUGGUUGUUGACGUAACAGUUUGUUACCGGUGAUCGCUUUACGGCAGAGCGUGCUGCUGGAGGUCAGGGACAUGAUCACUCGAGAAUCUCAGUAGUUUCUUAGUAGUAAACGUUGAUUUCGUAAGAAAGAUUAUCCUGGAAUACAGAAUAUUCUCGGAUUGGAUAUUUUCUCCUGGUGUUGGCAAAAUCCAGCGGCACAUUUUUAGGAGGUUGAUCAUUUACUUUGUGUUACGACAUCUCUUGUUAAGGUUAGCCGCCUCGGCUCAGCUAGCUUCUUGUAGUUUACAGGCUCUAGUCUGAGUCUCCAGAGAGGGUUACAGCCAUGGACAACAACUCCCAGGGCUCUGGGGGACUCAAAGGGGGAUUAGGGGGUCUCUUUGGUGGCGGUGGUGCUCCUGAAUACUCCAACACAGAGCUCGCCGGUGUCCCGCUGACAGGAAUGAGUCCUCUUUCACCUUACCUCAACGUCGACCCUCGUUACCUGAUUCAGGACACAGAUGAGUUCAUUUUACCAACAGGGGCCAACAAGACAAGAGGGAGAUUUGAACUGGCUUUCUUCACCAUUGGAGGCUCAUGUAUGACAGGAGCCACACUGGGAGCUUUAAAUGGUUUGAGAAUGGGCUUGAAGGAGACGACAGACAUGGCAUGGUCCAAACCUCGCAACGUACAAAUCCUGAACAUGGUGACCAGGCAGGGGGCUUCGUGGGCCAACUCUCUAGGCUCUGUUGCUCUGUUGUAUAGUGCUUUCGGUGUGGCGAUAGAGAAAGCCAGAGGGGCAGAAGAUGACAUUAACACAGUGGCUGCUGGCACGUUAACAGGGAUGCUCUUCAAAUCCAGCGGGGGAUUAAAGAGCGCGGCCCGUGGAGGUCUGGUUGGUUUAGCCGUAUCCGGUGCCUAUGCUCUUUACAACAACUGGGAUCAUCUCACCGGCUCCUCGCCCUCGUCCCGGCUCUACUAGCCUCUUCCACGCUGUAGCUACUUCAUACUUAGGUCCAAGUAUUUGGAGGACACAGCCUUUAACCACAAACUGCUAAGUUUGAGUUAAACUCGGUGUUCUUUUCCCGACUCUGUCACUCGCCCUGAAGCAUUCUGGGAAUCGAGAGAAAAGCUAAUUCCUCUGGAUAUCCAGAUCAUUUGUGUUAGUCCUGAUCAGUGAGGAUAUGGUAUGAAAUCCUGACACUUAGUUUUAUUGUUUAUGAAUGAGUCUGUCUCCAGUGAUGCUGUGCUGAAAGAGUGUGCUGACAUUUAGGUUAAAUGAGCCAAUUUAUAGGACAGCACCCGGUGUGUGGUCCAGACGAGGUGUUUUCAGACCGAAAGACUCACCACCUGUAAAAAUGGAACAAAUCCUGAUGGGCUGAUGACUUGUAUUUAUUAAAACGUAUGUUAGUGGUUUCUGCUCUGCGAGAGAGGAAGUCACUGUAAAGCUGUACCGGAACUGCUUAACUUUUCAUGUUUCUCCAUCAAGUACGCUGUUUGAUAAAGUGAAAUAAAAUGAAACGGAAAUGUUCACAAAUA